AGCGUAAAGGACUGUCCUCACACAAGCUCGGAGCCACUUGGUCCCGGAGGCUACGCCUUCAUCCAAUUCACUAUUGAGCAUCUACAGUCAGAAAGUGAAAAGGAAAGAAGAGAAGAAGGAGAUGAAAAGUAUCAACACUACCGAAUGCCGUUUCCUUUGAGCCCCUUGGGCCAACAAAGUGGAGCACUCCCUAGCCUUCUGUAUCCAGAUGAUGAUGCUGUCCGAGGCCUGGGACAAAUUAAAACCCUGCAUCAAAGUCAGGGAGCGAGCAGAGCCUUGUCGAACAACCACCAAAUAAGGCAGGUCGAUGAAGAGGAGAGGGUGCCUCGUCGCCUCACCAUUCAGAUCCGUUGGCCAGAAGACCGCGCCGAGACAGGUCGACUUCCCCGGCUGAAUGGUCACUUAGUAUUCGAUCCAGUUGCUAGUCUUCCAGAGCUGGCAGAACUGGUAGAGCAAGGGGUUGCAGAAUACAGGUGA